AUGGAGGAUCAUCCUAACAGGGUUAUACAUGGGAGGACUGCACAACAUGCAUCUGUGCGCCAUGAACGAAUGCGUGUAGUAUCACAGGUGACAGGUGGAGCUACACCUAUUCCAGCCCGACCGUCCCCAUCCGUUCUAGUUGACGGGCCUUCUUCGUCUGUUCCAGUUGAGAGGGGUACUCCAUCUACUACUGCAUCAUGGAGGCUUCGCCAUGAUGCGGAAGGAUCUUCGGUGCCAUCUGCAGAGCUACGCGAGGAUGAUCCGGUAUCGGAGCCUGUAUGGUACUCAUGGGGUCCUAUAGAUAUGUCCCUACUGAUAGGGCAUGCAGAUCAUUCGGCUAGGCAUAUCGGGGAGAGGGAGGAGAGGGAUCCCCAGAGGUUCUACAAUCAUGCCCAGAAGAUUGUUGCUCUCGCGCAGCCUGACGAGUCAUGGUUCCAGGAUGCACUCCUAGCUUCUAGUCUGAGGGACCUCUGCACGGUCGGCUUCCAAACGAUUCCUAAUGGGAUGCUGAUGGAAUUUGCGGAGAGGUGGCAUCCAGAGACCUCAUCCUUUCAUCUUCCUCAUGGCGAGAUCACCAUUACUCUGGACGACAUUACAUGCCUCCUGCAUCUACCUAAUAGGGAUAUAUUCCUUAGUCACGGUAGGUUGACGGAGGAGGAAGCGAUGGAGAUGCUAAUAGGGGAGCUAGGGGUUGAUCCUGAUGAUGCGCUUGAGGAGGUGGAGAGGACCCGCGGGGCGCACGUGAGAUUUCACACCUUCUAA